AUGGGCAGCCCCCGCUCGGCGCUGAGCUGCUUGCUGUUACACUUGCUGGUCCUCUGCCUCCGCGCCCAGGAAGGCCCGGGAGGGGGGCCUGCGCUGGGCAGGGAGCUCGCUUCCCUGUUCCGAGCUGGCCGGGAGUCCCAGGGUGUCUCCCAACAGGUAACUGUUCAGUCCUCACCUAAUUUUACACAGCAUGUGAGGGAGCAGAGCCUGGUGACGGAUCAGCUCAGCCGACGCCUCAUCCGGACCUACCAGCUCUACAGCCGCACCAGCGGGAAGCACGUGCAGGUCCUGGCCAACAAGCGCAUCAACGCCAUGGCAGAAGAUGGGGACCCCUUCGCAAAGCUGAUUGUGGAGACAGAUACCUUUGGGAGCCGGGUUCGAGUGCGAGGGGCCGAGACAGGCUUGUACAUCUGCAUGAACAAGAAGGGGAAGCUAAUUGCCAAGAGCAACGGCAAAGGCAAGGACUGUGUGUUCACGGAGAUAGUCUUGGAGAACAACUACACAGCCCUGCAGAACGCCAAGUACGAGGGCUGGUACAUGGCCUUCACCCGCAAGGGCCGGCCCCGCAAGGGCUCCAAGACGCGGCAGCACCAGCGCGAGGUCCACUUCAUGAAGCGGCUGCCCCGCGGCCACCACACCACUGAACAGAGCCUGCGCUUCGAGUUCCUCAACUACCCGCCCUUCACACGCAGCCUGAGGGGCAGCCAGAGGACUUGGGCCCCUGAGCCCAGGUAGGCCCUGCCCAGCCCUCCCCACAACUCCACCCAGGGAGGAGGAGCAUCAAAGGAGCAACUCCAGCAAGAGGAGGCCUGCUGCUGCUGCUGCUGACGGCUGACCUGGGGGCAGGGGUACUGGGGGAGCCCCAAGUUCUAGUUGUUGAUAAUUGUUUGCUGUUGGGUUUUGUUUUUGUUUGUUGUUUUGUUUUUUAAACAAGAGAGGCUCUAUUUUUGUAUUCCA